ACCUGUGCUGCGUUCAAGUAUAAUUGGACAUACUAAAACCAGUAUUUGUAUUUGUUUGCUGCCCUGAUCAUUUCUUUUUUGCACCAUUCCCUUAAAUAGAGGGAGUUUUAAGAUUAAUGUGUAGCUUUAAAACAAAGAUCUAUUUGCUUUUCUUUGAAAAUUAUUCUUGUAUCAAUAUUUUUUUACCUUAAUUUCAAGGUAAGUUAGCUUUUAUUUUGUUGUUUUGGGCUUAUUUUAAUAUACAAUAAGAAAAUUAAUUCAUAAAAAAGGUUUGUUUGUCUUGUUCUUUUUUUUUUCUUUUUCUUUUUGUUAAUGCAGUGAUGGAAUUAGCAUUUUGGAGCGCCGGGUAAACAAUAACAUGAGGCGCUCUCUAUUAAUCGUUUUUGUAAAAAACAUCCAUCGAAUAACUUCUUUACUGCAUAGUUUUAACUUUAUUUAAAAUCAACAAAAAACGUGACUUGAUGGAGCUGUGGAGCGUUUCUGUGCAUUCUGAUAGUGGAAAAUCCCGCGGGUCCGUGAAGUAUCCAUGUGGAUUGUGAUGGGAAGGCAGAUGCAGGAAACCCUCCUCCGACUGCCGUUCAGACGCGACAGCAGAUACCGCACAGCUUCCGUCUCAAAACGUGCCGUCGCCGAGUCCUCCUUUACCUAUGUAUUUAAUUCAGAGACGCUGCUUCCACCGGCCUAAAGACUGAAAGAAAAAUGCCAGAUUUCUGCCUGGUCGUCCUGUUUUUCCUGUGGACGGACGUGGCGCUGGCCGUCGUACCUUCACCGACAAAUGUCUUGCUUCACUGCCACAACUUUGAAAACAAGCUGACUUGGGGUUUUGCCGAGUUUCCUCCUGGGCUCCAAUUUAAAGUUGAUAUCUCCUCAUAUUUAGAAGACAACCGCUGUCUUGGAGCUCAGUGGGUGGAGCCUCCAAAGCUGGAGGUUAACCUCUCCCGUCUGCCAGAUCCAGAAGAUGCCUACUGGAUCACCGUGAGGGCUGUGAUGGGACAGGACGAGUCUGCUCCCGCCCCGUAUGAUGGCAUUGUUUUCAGCUAUAAUAAAAACACCCAGGAAUCUCAGCACUGUUCUGUAGACCUCCCUCCUCUUAAUGUCACCCGUCUAUCAGACCACCAAGUCCAGAUCCAGUUCCAGCACCCCUGGGAGUUUUACCAGCCCAAAAUUCAAAGUUGUAAGAAACAGAAGAGGAAACGACAAAGGGAACUCCCAACUUUCAAAUACGAUGUUAUUGUUCAGAACAAGACGGAGACAGUUUACUGUGAGGAGAGCUUGUGUGAGAAAGAUGUGCACGUAGAUCCUGAGCAGGAGCAGUGCGUGAAGAUUAAAGGAGAGUUCAAGAACGUUAAUGUGGAAUCCAGAGGAGAUCACUGCGUCCAGCCUCGAAAGGAGGACAAACCUUACACUUACGUCUUCAUAGUGAUCGCCAUAGUUACUGCGUUAGUUGCCGUGGCCAUCCUGGUCAUGUUAUACCGUAAAAAGACCCAACCUUCCACGGCGUUGCCUCACUUCAUGAAACGCUUCAUCCUGGUGAAGCCGCCCACCAUGCCGGGAGUCCAGGACCCCAUCCACCCGCUGGAGGUGGAGCCUUCCUCGCCCACGCCUCUGAUCUCCCAAACCGACAUGGAGGACACCAACACGUCAAACUACGACACCCGCAGCUCGCCGCGGCCCGUCCACGACGAGGGAGAGGCGCCCUCGCUGGGUGAAAGGCCGGCGUACAUGGAGGGCAGGGACCUGGAAGAGGAUGAGGACGAGGAAGAGAAAGAGGUGUUCCGGUCGGACUACGAGAAACGACCUCCUCAGGAGGAACUGAUGUUACAAACAGAAUGAGCAUUAACAUGUAGGAUGAAAGGUGAUGACCUUCUCCGCUUCAAGAACUGACCUGUUCUGCUUUGCAGCAAUAGCUAAACUCUAGCUAUAAAAAGACGACUAGUUCAGUCAUUUUAGCCAAAGUGCAUCAUAAAACGGCUUUAAUCUUUACUCCAGACUGAAAUCACUGUUGCCAUAUUUAUAAAUAUAAAUAUACUGAGAAAACCGCACUUUACUGCACUUAAAUAUGCAUAAAAUAAAAUAAAAACUUGUUUAAGUGUUAAACGAA